CCUGUCGUACAGUCACACACCUCUCGCGCCAAAGCUCGAUAUGUCUCUGCGAGCUUCGAGUUAUGAAACUUCGAUAUGCUUUGUGCUAAUAUUCGUGAUUCGUUUACGUUUUCUAAAAAUGAUGCCUGAACUAUAAAUACUUUCAAUUACAGAAAAUCAUUGUGUUGACAACAGUUCGUCUUCAAUCUGCGCCUAUAAUCCCUGUGUUCUAAGAAACUCACAGCAAUAUUUCAUACAAAUCGUAACAGAAAGUUUCAUGAUUGAUAUUUAACAAGCCCACGUUUAACAUUGCAAAUAUGUCGUCAUCAAGAACACCUCAAGGCACAUAACAUUAUAAUCAGUGACAUAAGAGUGAGUAGAUAAUAAACGACAAAAUGGAAGGGAAUGAAGAAGAGGGCGUGAUGGAGGACUUCACGUCAGAGGAGACGGGCCUCUCCGGCAGCAACAGCACGGAGGGCGCGGCCGGGAGCGAGCCCAUCCUUGGAGACGCCGAGGAGAUUGCAAGGAGGGAGAAAGCGUGCGAGGAGCUGCACGCGCAAAUGCCUCUGCCCGACCCCGCCCUCGGCCCAUACUGUCCACGCACGUUUGAUGGCUGGUCAUGUUGGAAUGACACGCCGGCUGGAACAAGAGCCUUCGUCCAGUGUCCAGAUUUUAUCCCAGGAUUUGAUCCAGAUCGUAAAGGCCAUAAGGAUUGCGAAGAAGGAGGGCAAUGGUUUUCUGAUCCGCGAACAAAUCGAACUUGGUCCAAUUACACCACCUGCGUGGACAUGAGCAUUCUUAAGUUCCAUCAAGGAGUUAACACCGUCUACAUUUCCGGAUACUCAGUAUCGCUCAUUGCUCUCUGCAUUUCACUCUUCAUCUUCUUUUACUAUAAAUCUCUGAACUGCAAAAGAGUAACCAUUCAUAAGAACUUAUUUCUUAGCUUCAUCAUCAACAACAGCAUGUGGCUGAUGUGGUUUUUCUUUGUGGUCAAUGACCCGGCUGUCGUCAACAAGAAUGGAACCGGAUGUCAAGUGUUGCACGUGUUCCUUCAUUACUUCAUGGUGUCCAACUAUUUCUGGAUGUUCUGCGAGGGCCUGUACCUGCACACGCUGCUCGUUGUGGCCUUCGUAGCCGAGGACAAGAUCAUGAAGUGGUUCUACCUGCUCGGCUGGGGCGCCCCCGCCGUGUGCGCCGUCGCUUACGGCGUCGCGCGGGGAAGCGACGCCGAGCAGAGCAUGCACUGCUGGAUGGAAGAUAGCGAUUACAACUAUAUCCUCAAUGUUCCUGUGGUGGUGUCCAUGCUGCUUAAUCUGUUCUUCCUAGUCAAUAUCGUACGAGUCCUUGUCACCAAACUGAGAGCUGUCAACACUGCUCCUCAUACCAACUCGACCAAAAAGGCUGUUCGAGCGACCCUCAUUCUCAUUCCGCUGUUAGGCUUGCACUAUCUGCUCAUACCGUUUAGACCCCCGGAAGGAUCUACCGGCGAGGCAAUAUAUCAUUUCAUAUCGGCAUUUGCUGCUUCAUUCCAGGGACUUGGUGUAUCUCUGCUCUUCUGUUUCUUCAAUGGAGAGGUUCUGGCCAUCUUCAAGAAGAAAUGGAAUCAACGGAAGGAGAUGAACACAAACUACCCUUUCACUACGUUUUCAUACAUGAAAACUAGUGUGGCUGACGGUAAUACUAUGGUCACAAGUUAUGGACAGAUCGGAGAUGGAAAUGACGUUUGAUCUUUUCUCCAGGAGUCUACAGACCAAAUCCGGGAGUGGAAGUCUCAAAAAUGAAUGAAGAAUAUAUGA